CGACGCGUCGUCUAUCGCGCUCCUCAACUCUCGGCCUCUGCGUUGCGUUCAGAAUCUGCCGAUACUUGAGGUUAUCUGUGUAUUUGGUUUGUGAGUGAAACAGAGCUGCGAGAAGUGCUUUACUGUUAUAGUGCGGUUGUGUGUAGUGACGAAAGUGGACUUGAACUCGUUAUAUUGUUUACUGCCAGGUGGAGUCUCGCGCUUGCCUCUGAACACUGAGAGCGAGAUCUGAAUGGAGGUAUUGAAAUUCGACAAACCGCUGGCCCCUAAGGCCGGCAAGCCGAUCGCUAUUGGAGAGCUACUCAAGCGGUUACAGGCGGUACAUGGCGAGCUGCAAAGAUUCGAUCAGAGCGCUGUCGAUCUCGCGAGCUUGCAGAAGGUUGCGAAGGAUUUGGUUUCUUCGAAUUUGCUUCGUCAUAAGGAUAAAGGAGUGCGUGCGUAUACGGCGUGCUGUCUUGCUGAUAUUCUCAGGCUGUUUGCGCCUGAUGCGCCGUAUACGAUGACGGAGUUACAGAACAUUUUCGACUUGUUUGUGAAGCAGUUGAAGGAACUGGCAAAUACAGAGUCUCCGUACUUCCAGCAGUACUGCUACCUCUUGGAGAGCUUGUCUCAAGUGAAGAGUAUUGUUCUCGUCGCCGAUCUUAAUAACAGCGAGGAGAUCAUGAAUGAGAUCUUUAGCAACUUUUUCGAUCUUGUCAAACCCGACGGCAUGAAAAACCUCGAGUUUCACAUGGGUGAGAUCCUGGUUCAGCUGGUUGAGGAAGUCCCGACUAUCUCGCAGCACGUUGUUUCGAUGAUUCUUGCCCAGUUCUUACGUCCGCUUGCGACGACCACUCAGCCGUCAAAGAAUUCUAAUGGGUAUUCCGGCAAAGUCCAGACGCAGCUAACACAACUGCCUCCGGCGUACAACAUGGCCAAGACUAUCUGCAUUAAUUGCAGCGAUCGGAUAUCUCGCUACGUGGCGCAGUACUUCAUUGAAGCUACCUAUGAGUUGACGACAAAGUCUUCGUCGCAGGAUAUAACCGAGUCCGAACUCACGGAGCUGAAGAAAGCGCAUAAUCUCCUAGUCGAGAUCUGGAAGGCGUGUCCGGAAGUCUUGCAGUCGACGAUCCCACAGCUGGAACAGGAGAUUCUGACUGAAAGCACACAGAUCAGACUUCUGGCUACGCAGACUGUGGGUCUGAUUGCGGGAGAAGUGCCCGGCAGGGUUAACUUUAUGACCACGCAUGCGUCGUGCUGGGAAGCUUGGCUUGGACGGCAGAACGAUCGCAGUGCGUUGGUUAGGAGCAAGUGGGCGGAAGGGUGCGCAUAUAUCACCGGUAACCGUGCCGAUGCCGUUGAGGGUACCGUGGAAGGCAUAGCCAAGACGUUGAUUGAUAACGAUGAGCGCGUUCGUCUAGCUUCCUGCAAAGCCAUUGGAACUCUUGACUACAAAGUGGUUGUCCGCAAAUUCAAAAACGAGGCAGUCCUAAAUAACCUCGCGGAACGAUCGAGAGAUCGCAAAUACAGCGUUCGAGCAGAGGCGAUCCGUGUUCUGGGUAGUAUUUAUGAUAUGGCAGCAGAAGACAUCGCGGCUCAAGACGUCGAUAUCAUUGCGCAGCUGUCGUGGAUUCCUAAUCGUAUUUUGGAUCUUUUGUACGUCAACCAGACCGAGACGACGGCUCUUAUGGAUUACUGCAUCUUUGAGCAUCUUCUACCCACUGAACUGGAUGAUAAGACUCGCGUGACUCGUAUGCUGAACCUGUUGAAGUACCUCGAUCCCAAGACCAAGAAGGUUUUCCAGGCCUUAGCUACGCGUCAAAAGCAGCUCUCUUCUUUCCUGCAGAACUUCAUCCUGUUUUGCGAAAAAUACAAUGGUGGAGUUCUUGAUGACGAUUCAGAAAAGGAGGAGACAAAGAACAAGAUCGACAAGGGCAUCAAGUUCAUAGCCGACCAACUUCCUGACGCGGCCAAGGCAUCCUCGCAUCUGGAGAAGUUUGUGAAACUGAACGAUCGACGCAUGUAUAAGCUGAUCAGAGACUGUACGAGUCCGGACUCGGAGUAUGCUACGGUGAUUAAGUCCUUGGCGGAGCUGAAGAACAGAAUUAACCAGUCCUCCUCGUCUAUUCUGGAGACGCUGCUUUUGAUUAUGUACCGAGGCAGUCAGCUUUGGUACAAUCGCAGCAAUAUCUCGACGAUCGUAGAGAUUUCAAAGGACGCGGCUAGUUCUCUUAGCUCCGUUGCUCAAGAGACGCUUAAACACAUUUCUGAGCUCACACCGCAGGUACUGAAAGUGCAUAUUCAAGAUCUAGCGCAGGAGAUAUCUGCGAACGAGCCGGGAUUCCAGGGAAGCGUCGAUACACUCAAGGCCUGUGCAGGGUUUGCGAGGAAGUACCCUGAUGAGUUCCCACAGGAUCGUCAGUUUCUUGACGCGCUAGUGAAGUUUGCCACGAAGGGAAGUCCCGGAGAAGCGAAGCACGCGGUCAAGAUUCUUCUCCAGAGUAAGAAGAAGCAUGCCUAUGCGCGCGACUUGCUUGGGUUCUGCACGAAGUUCGACAUUGAGGAUCCGUAUUUCUUGUCGCAGCUGGCGGCACUGGCGGAGUUGGUCAAGGGUGCGUCUGCUAUUGUUGAGACGGAGAUUGACCGGAUCACUUCGUUCCUCAUCAAGAACCUGGUCGUCAAAAACCGCACAAAAGCCACCGAGGAAGAUAAAGAAUGGGUGGAAGAUGAGCAACUGGAAGAUGAAUGCAAGGCCAAGAUUCUUGCGCUGCGGAUCCUGGUUAAUCGUCUACGAGCUGCCGCGACCUCUGACACAGCUGUCGAGAUUGCGCGGCCUGUACUGAAGUUGCUGAACUCCUUGAUCGUCAACGACGGCGAAAUGUCAAAGGACGCCGAUACACCUCUGCAUUUCAAGUCGCGCUUACGAUUAGCCGGAGGCUUAUUCCUACUCAAGCUUGCAAAGUUCCCGGUUUACGACCGAAUGAUCUCGCCAGAGAAUAUCACGACUCUGACCUUGCUGGUGCAAGAUCGCGAUUUCCAGGUGCGGCAGGAGUUUGUGGAUAAGUUGAAGCGGUACCUGGCGCAGGACUUUUUGCCGGAUAAGUAUAUCCCGAUUGUGUUUUUGACGGCGUAUGAGCCAGAUGAGGAGGUUAAGGACGAGCUCGUCAAGUGGCUACGUGCUCGCUUGGUGAAGCAGCAACAACAAAAGAACACGGCGAUAGAGAAAUGCUUUCCUCGCUUGUUGCAUCUUCUAGCGCAUCAUCCAGAUUACGGCAACGAGCCUGCGGACUUGCUUGACAUCGCCCAGUACAUUGUCUUUUACUUGAACGCGACGGUGACCGAGGACAACAUCUCGCUGAUCUUCUACUUUGCGCAACGGGUGAAGCAGGUUCGCGAUGCUGUUUCUCCUGAGAACAGUGAGCGGUUAUACUACCUUUCCGACCUAUCCCAGGCCAUCAUUCGUCAGUUCGAAGACGCACACGGCUGGUCGAUGCAGACGUGGCCCGGCAAAGUGCCGCUUCCGGGCGACCUGUUCAAAGCGAUGCAGUCGUCGACUGAUGCGCAGCGCGUCGCGAGAACAUCGUAUCUCCCCGAAGGAGUUUUAGAGAAAAUACCUGCGAUGGUGAGGGUGCGAGCGCAGAAGCCUAAGCCGGCGGCACCAGCCGUUGCGGUGGGUAAUGUGGAUCCGGAUACAAUUGUAGUUAAGAUUAGCAGCGGCAAGAAGCGCAAAUCCACCGACACGGCUUCCAGAAAGAAGAAAAAGGCUCAAGCCGGCUCGGACGAUGAAUGGGAUGGCCGCUAAUAUAUCUCAUUGCCUGAAUCUUUGCUUUACUACGGGUCUCUUCCAGGUCGAGAAUCUCGAGUGAUUUUGCUUCUUUUGCAGAUUAAAAUUUGAUAUAACUAUGUAUAGCUUGGCAGUGUUUGCGAUGAGUUUUCUCUGGCUUUUUUUUUCCUCGUGUGUAAUAAUUUGAUAGUAUUUGCUUUUAAAUGAGAU